AUGAUGCGUUCCUACACGGUUGCGAAGAAAAUCGAGGUGGUGCAGUGGCAUCGCCAAGCUGGACGAAAUGUGCACGAGACUUCGCGGCACUUCAACAUCGAUCGGAAGCGGAUCCGCGAGUGGGAUGGAAAGUACGAACGCUUGCUGCAACAAAACUUCGGCAAGUCAAAGUUACGACGCAAGCUGAGCAACGGUGCUCCUGUGUUUAGUGAGGAGCUGGACGACGCCCUGUUCGAAUUUUUUGAGCGCGAGCGAAGUGCUGGACGCGCUGUGAGUAACAGGCUGCUCGCAGAAGAGGCUUUGCGUAUAGCCAGGAGCCUGCAGCUAGGAAACUUCCACGCUUCGACCCAUUAUAUUGCCAGGUGGAAGCAGCGAUUUAGCAUCUCCAUGCGACAGGCAACAAACGAAAGCCAGAAGACGCCAGAUGACUACGCAGAAGCAGCACGUGCUUUUCGGUCAUCCGUGAACGAGUUGCGAUUGCGUCACGGCUACACACCAUUUAAUAUGGCCAACAUGGAUCAGACAAUGGUUCGCAUGGACUGUCCGGCUUCCCGAACGAACAACAACAUCGGGGAAAGUUCGGUACGGAUCACCAAUACUGGUUGUGCCCGGCGAGGUUUCACAGUUUCACUGACUGCCUGCGCAUCGGGCCACAAACUCCCGGCCUUCGUCAUUUUGAAGGAGCCGAGCGGCAAGAUUCCGACCAAGGCUUUUAUGAAACUUCGAGUGCCAGGUGGGUUUCUCUCUUUAAUCGUGGGGCAGCGAGAUUGCGCUAACCGCUUUUUUUUUUCUUGUAGCAAAUGUCCGCGUGACUGCGUCCAAGAACGGGUGGAUGUCCUCCGACAAGUUUCAGGAGUGGCUGUCGAGGGUUUGGGGCCCUAACACCGACGACGUGAGGCGGUUGCUGGUGCUGGACCAAGCGCCUAUUCAUAAGACGCAGGCAGCAAGGGAUGCUUUGGACGAACGGGAGACGGACGUUGCAUACGUUCCGGCUGGCUGCACGAGCAUACUGCAGCCGGCGGACGUGUAUUGGAACCGGCCGUUCAAAGCCAACCUUCGCAGGAGCUGGGAGGAGUUCAUGCGUAGGGCUGA